AUGUCCUCUAAAGUUUUGUGUUUUCCAUGUGAUGAGUUCUCAUAUGAUGUCACGAAGGAAGGAUAUCCAUUCACGAUUGAUAAUAAAAGAUUCUGGGGGUAUCGACAGUACUUGUAUUAUUUUAAAACAACCAACAAUCACGACCUGAGAGAAAAGAUAUACAAUGCCAAAAACUUGGCUGACCUGCACAAACUUGAUAGCUUAUUGAGUUAUAAUGCAAAGACAGAUGAUGAGAUGGUACUGGAAUAUGUAAUCAUGGCCCAGUUCAGACAGAAUGAAAAGAUCAGAUCAGAACUGCUGAAGACUGGGACAGCCACCCUAGGAUAUCUUCAUGGGAAGAAUCUCUUCUUGGGAAUUGGAUUCAGAGAACUGCAGAACCCACAGGCCAGAAGUGAAGCAAACUGGAAGGGCAAAAAUUUUCUGGGCAAGAUAUUGAUGAAGGCGAGCAUCUGUUUUUCCAUAUUUCCAACUUUUAAAUAA